AGUCAGUUUUGAUUUUAGAAAGCCUUUAAAAAACAACACUGUGAGAUGCUUUUCUAGAAAUACUGUAAUGGCUUUAUUGUUAUUAAUUGUCUCUUUAUUAUUUAUAAAAUCCAAUGCUAUCUUGGAUGAUUCAGGUAAUGUCUGUUUUACUAGAAAAAUUUUAAAUAGCAUUUGUAAAUGUGAGAGUGUAUUAUCUCCCGAAGAAGAGCAACUUCAGUUUAAUUUGUUAUGUGAAGGGCCUGAUGCUUUACAGGCUGCUAUGAAAGCCACCAAAUCUCAAAAUGAUGUUCGAGAUUUUGUAAGUGUGGUUCUACGCAAUGGUACAUUUACCACUAUUGGCAGUAGUGAUCUAAGAGUCUUUUCAUCUGCAAAGAUACUUAAUUUUUCAAAUAAUAAAAUAUCUUCCAUCGGAGAUGAGGCAUUUAAAGAGCAGAAAUAUUUGGAAAUCCUUGAUUUAUCCAUCAAUGAUUUAAAUGAAUUACAAAAUUCUGAUUUUAACCAUUUAAUGAGUUUAAAAAAUCUCACAGUUUCAAGAAAUAAAAUUAAAACCAUUGGGGAAGAUACUUUUUCAAACUUGCACAAUCUUUUAUUUUUAGAUCUUUCGGACAAUGAUAUAGAACUCGUUAAAAGUAAGUGGUUCUCACCACUCAGAUAUCUUCUUUACCUUUCUUUAAGUCACAAUAGAAUUGAAUUAAUUAAUAACAAUAGUUUUGGUCAUCUUAGCCAUUUGCAGUAUUUGGAUCUGUCUUACAACAACUUAAAAGCUAUUUCUCAUGUCGGAUUUCAACGAAUGAAAGGCCUGAAAUUUCUUUCACUGUCUAUGAAUGAGUUAACUACUUUUAAAGAAAAUCCAUUGAAACAAAAUCUAUUAUUGGAGCAAGUAAACCUCACAGGUAAUCCCUGGAUUUGUGAUGAAAAGUUACUCCAUAUGAAUGAUUGGUUAAAAAAAUAUGAAGCUUACAAAGAAGGAGCCAUAUGUAAAGAUCCACCUGAAUAUUACAAUUAUACAGUGCAAAGCGCUUUGGAAAUAUUAUAUAUUGAACGAAAAAUAGACGAGAGUCCCAUUUGUAAUGAAACUAUGUGUAAUUGCACAAUCUCUAAAGAUAAAGUUAUAGUUACGGUUAACUGCAGCAAUAAGGGAUUAGUUAAACUACCUGGAGCAGUACCAUACAAAACUAAAGUUCUUGACCUGUACAACAAUAACAUUAAAUCUCUUAAUAUUGAUCACAUUAAUGUCACUUUAUGGUCAGAUGUCUCAUUUUUGUAUUUAAACAAUAAUGCUAUUGAUUCUUUAAAGGGAUUAGAAGGCACAUGGCUGCUAAGGAAUCUUGUUGCUUUGCAUCUUUCUAAUAAUAGUUUGACAGAAAUACCAAUUCAUAUUCUGGAACAAUUCCGUGGUGGCUUAUUGGAUGAGAUGUACCUUUCUGAUAAUCCCUGGACUUGUGAUUGUAACACUGUUCGUUUUCAAACAUGGUUACAGGACAACUACCGAGCUGUUCGCAAUUUUCAAGGCAUUUGUUGUUCAAGAGAUAGUGUGUUUUCCAAUCAACCAAUACAUCGCUUGAAGAAAUCUCAGUUGUGUCCACAACAAGAGCAGUUGGUAAAUUAUCUUGAUGUUUUAAAUGGACUUAUUGCUAUCACCAUUUGUAUUAUUAUCAUAAAGCUGUCUUAUGAUUAUUGGUUGCAAAAAAGAACUGGUAAAUUGCCUAAGUUCUUCAGCUUGAAUUUAUAAAUUCCAGCCUCUUAUUUUAAGUUUAUCAUUAACAUUCUUUCAAGUUUUUAAGCAUAUAUUAAAAAUCUAAUUAAUUCAUUAUUAGAAAAACAUGAAUCAUGGUUUUCACUUGAUGUUUCCUUUGUUUUGUAAUUGCAAAGACUGUUUAUUUUAUGCUGCAGUGUUAGAAAUAUUGAAGGCACUCAUUGUUCAAAAGAUAUUGUUUCUAGUUAGUUAUUAGAUUACUUGAAAAAUCUUAGUUGUGUUCCCUACAAAUGCAGUCAGUAAAUUUUCUUGGUGUUUUAAAUGAAUUUAUUGCUAUCGCUAUUUUCAUUAUUACCAUAAAAUUGUUUGAUGGUUCAUAGUCCAAAAGGGACUGGCAAAUUGUUCAAGUUUUUCUGCUUAAAUUUAACCCCUGCUUCUUAUUUAAUGUUUAACAUUACAUGUUCAAGAAUUUAUAGGCAUAUAUUUUUUUAAUUUCAUUACAAGAAUUAAUUCAUUAUUCCAAAAAGCCGCAAUCAUAUUUCAUGUUUGAAGUCUCACGUGUCUUGCAAUUGUGACAUUUUGUUUUAUGCAGCUGCUUUAAUCUUUGAAAUGUCAUUGUUCAAGAGAUAGUAUUACUCUAAUUAAACAAUGCAUCAUUUGAAUGACUACUGGUUGCAAAACUGAAUUAUCAAAUUGUCUGAGUUCUUUGGCUUAAAUUUAAUAUUGUCAUUCUAUGUUGAUCAUUAAAUUGUUUUCUGUUCUUGCUAUUAGAAUCUCAUUUCUGUAAUAUUUGUGUUAACAUUUAACUUUAUUUUUUAGCGAGUACUUAAACUGCAUGUUUAUAUCAAAGUGCAUUGCAUUUAUAUUCAUUCAUUUUUUUUCUCAUUCCCUUGUUUUUAAAGAUUGUGAAUGUGUAACUAGUUCAUUUUAAAUAUACUGUGUGAAAUUCUAUGCUCAAUUAAACUGCUAUGUAGUUU